AUGAAGUACCUUGUGCCCCUUUAUCGACAGAACGUGCUGCUGCAUUGCAACGCGGGCAUCGGGCGGACCGGAACUGGAGCCGUGGCCAUUCUGCGCAGCUUGGGCACUGACCCUGAGGCGGCCGCGAACUGGGUGGCAGACGCUGGCAGUGGCGCAGAGACCCCAGGGCAAAAGGCUUUCCUGCAGGCGCAUUGGCAAGCAGUGCGCUACCCGCCCGAGCCCGAGCAGGAGGCCAACUUUGAAUGGGACGAGUUCGUCCGCUUCCGCGAGAUGUGCAACAUCAACAUCACUGAGGCGUGUGUCGUAGUCACGCCUGCGUGGAUCAUCGAGCACACCGGCAAGUUGCUGGAGGGCAAGUAUGCCUCUACCGUUGCCGACCAUUAUGAGGUUAAGUGA